AUGAUUCAGGGGAUAUUUUACGCCCGCUUCUUCCCUCAAGAAGGGACCAAGAUCGUGUCUCAAAGUCCUCCAGGCUGCAUCGUGCCCACCGGGACUAGCAUCACCAAACCGCCUCUGUUCGACUUCAACGUAUUGCAGGAGUACAUCAUCCCACGCCAGGCCUUCUGCAACCGCUACAUUACCGUCGCCGACCCAGACGGCAAAUACUUCGUGCUCGGAUUCCCUGUCUCCAUCCCCAGUCCGCGAUACGAUCGUAACGAGUUCAUCUUCAACUUUGGUCUCGUCGUCGAGAAUGAGAUCGAUCAAGUCCCCUACGAACGCGUGGUCCGGCGGCUGGCCGUGACGUUUGCCGAAAUGGAGAAGCAAAGCGGUUUUCUCAGCCAAGAAGUCGACGCCACCAAUGCCCGCCGGCCCAUUGGGUCGCUGUUAGAGAUUAUCAAGGAAGAUCUCAACAACUACGGCGAGUGCAUGAUUCCUGUCGAUGAUGCAAACACGAUUAACAUGAAACUCUUCCCGCAUCACCCUACACCCCCCGAGGUCAAGGGCUGGCAUGUGCCGGUCCCCAAAAUGAAGUUUGCCGACAUCGUCGACCCGACCUGGGACCUAACGCUACAACGUGUCAUUAAGCACCUUGACGGCGUCUCCGAUGUGCGGCGCAUCGCCUUUCUCGCCGACGUCUCUCUCGAGCUGGCCCAACUUGCCCUGCGCCAUCUGCUCUAUUACGACACGAUCCUGUUGCUGGAUAUGUUCUUCUUUGGGGCUUGCUACGCGCCGCGGCCGGGGAUCCAUGACUUUGUCGCCAAUGUUGGUGGCAUCGUGGACGAAUGCGCCAACUAUGUUUGUGUUGGUGCUAGUGGUAGCAGUGGUGGGAAUGGCAACGACAACGGUAGUGUUAGUGGAAGCAGCAGCGGUGGCGGCCAUGUGAGGAACGGUGAUGGGGACGAUGAUGAUGAUGACGAUGGCAAUGGUGGAAGCGGGCGUGCAGGCGAAGGAGGACCUGAUCAUGCAAGCAACGGCAACGUCACAACUACCACGCACGGCCACCGCGUGCCCAACUACAUGCUCAUCAAGCUCAUGACCACCUUUUGUGUGAGCAAGACCGUCAUGGAGUGGCUCAAGGGCCACAUGGACGGCGGGCUCGACGUGCUGCGGUUUGUCGAUGUGCGUCGGCUGGUUCAAUUCGGCGUGAUCAAGGGUUGCCUGUACCGCGUGCACAAGCACGUCGUGUCCAAACAGUACCUGGCGGCGCUGGCUACAGGCCAAGCGCGGCCGGUAGCGGGCGGUGAUCCGCUCCAAAAGUACACGGACGGGUGCCACACAUUUGACCAGAUUAUCACGGAACAGAACCUGACGGAUGCGGAGAUUAUGGACAAACUCAAAAGCUUUCCCUCCGCGCCCGCGGGAGAUUUGACGGUCCUGUACCGGUGA